CUUGCUUGGAGAAUAAAGCAGAGACCGAGACAGGAAUCUGUCCGCCUUGACCAAAGCAAAGCAACUGGUAUUGAAGCAAGCAAGCGCCGUGCUGCUCUGGGCUAAAGAGGAAACUGAUCGAGGAAGGUAAGCAAGCAAGAGGAGGAUGUGCGUGGUGCUGGUGUGCGACGAGCCGGAGCGCGUGGUGGCGACGUACCAGGCGCCCGGCCGCUGCCCCUACUGCGGCGGCGGGGUGGUCGCCACCGACGUCGAGAGCGCCCCACGCCUCUGCUUCCUCCCGCUCUGCUUCCGCCUCCGCCGCCGCUUCUUCUGCUCCCUCUGCUCCCGCCGCCUCGUCUCCGUCGCCUAAGCUCGUACUCCUAUCUAUGUCUAGUAGUAGUAAUCAUGUUGUACAAAUUGCUCCUCCUCAGAUUGUUUACCGUACCUGUAUUAAUCGGUGAUGUGAUAGACGUAAUAACUUGAAAUUGCUCGAUAUAAUACAGCAUACUGAGAAUUUGGGCUCGUUUC